AUGAAAAGAGAACUUUCGAAGAACCCUAACGUCAAAACCACAUACGCCAAUGAGUCAUAUGUAGUGGAGAAGAUUUUGUCCACCAGAAGGAAAGGUGGACAUCGCGAGUAUUUGAUCAAAUGGGAAGGCUACCCUUAUGAAGAAGCUACGUGGGAAGACGAGCGUGACUGCGACUGUCCGGAGGCAAUAGCGGAAUUCCACCGGAACAAACCUAGUAGAGCACGCGGUGGCAAAGAUGACAGUACCGUUAUGAUUGGAGAGCAGACAAGUAGUGCUAAGCAAUCGAAGGGCGCGAGAAGGGCAACUCUCUCGGAGACAAAAGGAAUUGAAGUGGCGAAGAAAAGUAGGCGUCGAACUGCUUCUACGAAUCUCACCGAGUCGGCAUCAAAGAGGACUAAAGUGGUUUCUGAAGAAUCUAAAGGGAGCGACCGUUCAGCAAUUCAAAACGGAGUGAGAUCACUUCGAUCGGGUAAGAGUGAUGACAGCAGGACGACACCUCAGAGAAGACGCUCUUUAAAAGAUCGCAUCAAAUCAGAGCAACCAGAACGCGAUUCAACGGAUCGCGUUUACAAACUUCAGCAAGGAAAGGAAAUCGAAGAUAUACUAGGCGUCAAUAAAGACGGAUCUCGCCUUCUGUACGCUGUGCAGUACAAAGGGACGGAACCGAAACACCAAAGGAUUGAGCUAGUGCCAUCUAGUGUGUUGCGAAGUCAUGCUAUUGAGGAGCUUGUGGACUUCUUGGAGCAGCUUGUGGUUGCCAAUACAACUCUUGACGUGUAA